CCAACCAACCAACCAGCCUCCGUUCGCACGUUCCUUCCGUACUCCGUCCGUGGUUCUUUCUGGGGGGGGGGCCUGAGGGGAGAGCGAGGGCUGCUGUGCGGAGCGGAGGCUGAUGUGAAUCCUUCGGGUCCUGCCUGGAGCUGCUGGAAGGGGAAGGGGGAGGGGACGCGAGAGGAGGAGGAGGAGGAGGAGGAGGAGGAAGAAGAGCAGCGCUGCUUCUGCCGCUUCCGUCAUCAUGGCUCACUCCCCUGUCCAGCAGCCUGGCCUGCCGGGGAUGCAGAAUUUGAAGGCAGAUCCAGAAGAACUCUUUACAAAACUGGAGAAGAUUGGCAAAGGUUCAUUUGGUGAAGUUUUUAAAGGCAUUGACAACCGAACACAGAAAGUUGUUGCUAUAAAAAUUAUUGAUCUUGAAGAAGCUGAAGAUGAAAUAGAAGACAUACAACAAGAAAUAACAGUUCUCAGUCAGUGUGACAGUCCUUAUGUCACCAAAUAUUAUGGGUCUUAUUUAAAGGACACAAAAUUAUGGAUAAUAAUGGAAUAUCUUGGUGGUGGAUCUGCUCUUGACCUUUUAGAACCAGGUUCACUUGAUGAAAUCCAGAUUGCUACAAUAUUAAGAGAGAUUCUGAAAGGACUCGAUUAUUUGCAUUCAGAAAAGAAAAUUCAUAGAGAUAUUAAAGCUGCUAACGUGCUCCUCUCAGAACAAGGCGAAGUCAAGCUAGCAGACUUUGGUGUAGCGGGACAAUUAACCGAUACCCAAAUAAAGAGAAAUACCUUUGUGGGUACACCAUUUUGGAUGGCACCAGAAGUAAUAAAGCAGUCUGCUUAUGAUUCAAAGGCAGAUAUAUGGUCACUGGGCAUAACUGCCAUAGAGCUUGCGAGAGGAGAACCGCCACAUUCUGAACUGCAUCCAAUGAAGGUUUUAUUUCUGAUCCCAAAGAACAAUCCACCAACAUUAGAAGGAAACUACAGUAAACCUUUAAAGGAGUUUGUUGAGGCCUGUUUGAACAAAGACCCCAGCUUUAGACCAACAGCCAAAGAACUCCUGAAGCACAAAUUUAUAAUACGAAAUGCAAAGAAAACUUCCUACUUGACAGAUCUCAUUGACAGACAUAAAAGAUGGAAGGCUGAACAGAAUCAUGAUAAUUCAAGCUCUGAAGAUUCAGAUGGUGAGACCGAUGAGCAGGCAUCAGGCGGUAGCGAUUCGGGUGACUGGAUAUUCACAAUCCGGGAAAAGGAUCCCAAGAAUCUGGAGAAUGGAGCAACCCAACUCCACGAGUGGGAAAGAAACAAGGAAAAUACCAUUCAAAGGCGCCCUGCAUCUCGAUGUUUAUCUACAAUUAUAUCACCAUUAUUCACAGAGCUGAAAGAGAGAAGUCAAGCUUGUGGGGGGAAUAUGGGCUCCAUAGAAGAACUGAGAGAGGCUAUUUAUUUAGCUGAAGAAGCUUGCCCAGGAAUUUCAGAUACAAUGGUGACCGAGCUAGUGCAGCGGCUUCAGAGGUAUUCAGUAGCUGGAGGGAGCACAUCAUCCCACUGAAGUAUGAUUUUGUGACCUUUGCUAUUUCACUGAGGUUCCUGUAGGCACCUGUUCUAAUGUUGGUCUUCCACAAUUGGCAAGCAAUGAUAAGGACAUUCCUGAAGGUGCAGCAACAGAAAAGGGUAUUUUAGCAAGGGUAUUGUUUUUCAACUCUGUACAGGUUUUUUUUUUUAAUAAUGCACAUAUUCAAAGGAGGUAUCUUUAUACAUUUCUGAGAUGUAAAUUUAGGAUUGCAGUUAGGAACUAAAGCUAUUGUGAAAUCUCAGGUAUCUUGUGUUAAGUCAUUGGCCUUCAGCUCAUGGAUCUGGAUCCAUAAGUGGGUGGCAUUUCAACCUGAAAUAUGGGCACUAGCGGCACUGCCACCAUUUUGUUUUAAGGUUUUGUUUUAAGAAAGAAAUGGAAGUCUGGAAUUGAGUCCCAUGUUCCACGUUUACAUUUAACAUGGAUUUGGGGUCUGAAAGAGUUGAAGGCAACUGCUUUAAGUCAAAGAAUCUGUGAAUUGGAUGUAUUAUUGGCUCUGUGUACAAAUUUGUAUAUAAUCACUUUUUUACUGAAUUUGCUUGACAUGCAUACGGAAUUCCUCUGUACAAAUUGCCAAGUGCUUCUGUAGAUGAUACUAGUGAGGUAAAUAUUUUGACAGAUAGAUCAACUUAUUAUAGGCUCGUCUUUGUUUAUAUGAAAAUUUUAAAUUGUAUUAUAGCAGGUUUUGCUUGACCUUUGUUUACAGGUCAGAAAUAAUUAAAGCCGUGCUAUAAAAAUCUGGUUUAUACCUCAGAUGCAGGUUUUUUUUUCUUAUUUUGUUACACAGUAGCAUUUUUUGUUUCUAAUCAUGGUACGAAUUUGAUUAUUUUAAUUUAGUACAUCAUAUUCUUUGGAGUUCUCUAGUUUUGCUUAUCUUCAUGGUUUUACAUCUGUUUAAAAUUGUGCCAAUCCAAAGUUUAAAUUUGUUUUUAAUAGUUUUGUUUUGGAAUUAAAUGGUAAAAUCUUAACAUAUAACUAAAUUAUAGGCAUUUUUCUUUUGAGAUGCUUCCUAGAAAUCCUGGAUGAAUAAUGGCAGUUUUGUAAAAUGCUGGUCGUAAAGAGGAUUAAGAAGAUGUGAACAACUUUAAUUACAAUCAUUGAGAUUAAAAUUUGGUUUUAGUUUAGUAUCUGAAAUUCAUUGUGGGGGGGAAUGGAGAUAUAUGAAAUUUCAUUAAGAUCUAAAAUAGCAAACUGCAGUCUCACUUUUAAUAGGUAAGAACUAGUACAGUAUAACACUUGUCUAUUGUUAAUCUUAAAUAAAUAUAUGAUAGAAAUCCCAUCUGAAUUUUUAUUUUCAAGAGGUAUUUGGAAAAGAAUGGAAUAAAAAUGUAGUUAAAAGUCUGAGGAUGUGAUUACUCAAGAAUUUUACAAGGGGCUUGCUGUUUGUUCAUUUACAAUAAAUUAAUGUUUUCAGUAUUAUUACACUGUUUUGAUUUCAACAUGAAACCUAUAUUGUAAUCUUAAAAAAAAUAAACACAUUAACACUAAAAACCAACUUGCUGUAGAAGAUUUAACCCUGUGACCAAGCCUUGAGUAAGAAUUUCCUUUCUGUUUUGAGAAAAACCUAGAAAUGGAUUAAGGAAUAGGUACAUUGUGUCAGUGGAAAUGAACUCAAUGAAUUUUUCGAACCUGCAAUAUCCCCUUACCAAUUUAGAGAUUGAACAAAGUGUUAAUAUCUUACUGCCUUGUGUGAGUCAGACAUGUUGCCAUCCUUUUAGAGCGGGUGUGAUGUUAACUGGAUGGACUUUGUGUCAGUCUCUACCCCAGUGUUUACACUCUGUGAAAUGGUAGUGUAAUGUAGGCUGCGCAUUGAAUUGGAAUAGGAUGGGUGAGAGACCAGCUCCCCUCUUGAGUUUUCAGCUAAGUUUGUAUGCAGUCCAAGAUCUAGUAGCUGUUUAAGAAUUUUGAUUGCAAGAAUGUUGACUGCAAGAUUUUCUAAAUGGAAACCAAAAAACCUCAAUGGCUUGGCUCUUUAGAAUCAAUAAAUUAACAUUUUGCCAUGUUAUACAAAUAUGGCUUUUCCAACAGUUUAUUUUAAACCAGUUAAAAGAUUACUAUUUAGCUAGUUUGUUGCUUGAUCCUGUGCAGUUUAUUUAAAAUCAGUUUAAGUGACUCAAUCCCAUAUAAAUUGUAAAUAUGCAUAGAAUUUCAAAAUAACAUGUUUGAUCCAAAGGAUGAAGCAACUUGGUGAAAGCAAAUUGCCUUUGCAUUAGAUGGUAAUCAAAUUUAAACUCUAAAAUACAGGUAGUCUCCAGCUAAGAAUGCCCAGGUUACAGAUGACCUAUAGUUAAGAACAG